AUGGGGAGUGCACUACUAUCCAGAUUUGAUUUGGUCUUUAUCCUGUUAGAUACUCCAAAUGAGCAUCAUGAUCACUUACUCUCUGAACAUGUGAUUGCAAUAAGAGCUGGAAAGCAGAGAACCAUUAGCAGUGCCACAGUAGCUCGUAUGAAUAGUCAAGAUUCAAAUACUUCGGUACUUGAAGUAGUUUCUGAGAAACCAUUAUCAGAAAGACUAAAGGUGGUUCCUGGAGAAACAAUAGAUCCCAUUCCCCACCAGCUAUUGAGAAAGUACAUUGGCUAUGCUCGGCAGUACGUGUACCCAAGGCUAUCCACAGAAGCUGCUCAAGUUCUUCAAGAUUUUUAUCUUGAGCUCCGGAAACAGAGCCAGAGGUUAAACAGCUCACCCAUCACUACCAGGCAGCUGGAAUCUUUGAUUCGUCUGACAGAGGCACGAGCAAGGUUGGAAUUGAGAGAGGAAGCAACCAAAGAAGAUGCUGAGGAUAUAGUGGAAAUUAUGAAAUAUAGCAUGCUAGGAACUUACUCUGAUGAAUUUGGGAACCUAGAUUUCGAGCGAUCCCAGCAUGGUUCUGGAAUGAGCAACAGGUCAACAGCGAAAAGAUUUAUUUCUGCUCUCAACAAUGCUGCUGAAAGAACUUAUAAUAAUAUAUUUCAAUUUCAUCAACUUCGGCAGAUUGCCAAAGAACUAAACAUUCAGCUUGCUGAUUUUGAAAAUUUUAUUGGAUCACUAAACGACCAGGGUUACCUCUUGAAAAAAAGCCCAAAAGUUUACCAGCUUCAAACUAUGUAAAAGGACUUCACCAAGUUAGGACCUCCUGGGUUUAUUGCAGAUUAAAGCCAUCUCAGUGACGAUAUGCGCACACGCACAGACAGACAGACACACAGACACACACACACACACACACACACACACACAGUCAAAUACUAUUCUCUGAAAAAUGAUGUCCCAAAAGUAUAAUAAUAGGAAAAAAGCAUUAAAUAUAAUAAACUAAUUUAAGAAGUGAUAAAGUCUCCAGAUGCAGUAGCUCACACUGUAAUCACAGUGACUCAGGAGGCUGAGGUGAGAGGAUUCCUUGAGGCCAGGGUUCGAGACCAACCUUGGGCAACAUAGCAAGACCCCA